UGAGACAAAACACACUUCAAUGUUUCACUUAGUAACAGAAAUUUUGGUCUUAAUUGUGGUCAUAAGUCGAGGACUACCUAUACAUGCCAACUUUGAGAAUAAAGACUAAACUAUUAUAGGCUUUCUUAGAAUACCAGUAACAAAUGGCUUUUCUCCUCUUGAGUCUCUACUGCCACAUGGACAUCCUUUGAUUUCUCUUAGAUGGCCCUGAGCUUUCUGUAUUGGCUUUCUCAAUAUGAUUCCCCAUUAAAUAUGUUAAUGAUCAAUAUAUAAUACAUAAUUGGGUGAUUAGAAACCAGGGUGACAGGACAAAAGAACAUUACUGCCAGGACUGAAGAAGAACAAAGAAAUUAGGCUGGACAUUUCUGCAUUCCUGUAUAGGGUUUUUUUUUUUUUUUUUAAAGUUACAGCCAUAAGAUGAGAGUAACUCUUCCAGUAAGGAGCAUCCAAAGUCCUGUGUAGUUUAGUGAGUAGCCCUUUUGGGGGGGGGGGAUUGGAGGAAGGAAUGUGGGUUGGGCAGAGUCUAGAAUUACACCGUUGCAGAAUUGGUCCCCCCCCUUUAAUGCUUUAAAUAGCCAGCACCUUUUUUUAAAUGAUUGCUUUCACAUUUCCCCAGUCAGCCAGAUCCCUGACCGCUCAUUUUUAAGCUUGAAUUUGAUUGUUGUAAGCAUAACAGCGGGGGAGCAAAAAAAUAGCACUGGGCUUUUGAAGGUGGAAUGGAUUACAGCGUCCCUGGGGCAGUGAUCAAUGGAGAAAUACAUGCACAACUCACUGGAGAAACAAAGAAAAAAGAAGCAGGGAAUCAGACACUAGAUCGGGAUCACUGGAACAACAAGCUGGAAUAUGUGCUGUCUGUGGCAGGAGAAAUCAUUGGUUUGGGGAAUGUUUGGCGGUUCCCUUAUCUCUGUUACAAAAAUGGUGGUGGUGCCUUCUUCAUUCCCUACCUCAUCUUCCUUUUCACCUGUGGAAUUCCAGUGUUUUUCCUAGAGACAGCCCUGGGACAAUAUACCAGUCAGGGAGGCAUCACUUCCUGGAGGAGGCUAUGCCCUCUUUUUGAAGGGAUUGGGUAUGCUUCUCAAGUGAUUGUGGUGCUCCUUAAUUUCUAUUAUAUUAUUGUCCUGGCUUGGGCCUUGUUUUACCUCUUCAGUUCAUUCACCAUAGAUCUCCCAUGGGGCAGCUGUGAUCAUGAAUGGAAUACAGAGAACUGUGUGGAAUUCCAGAAGAAUGCCUCUCUAAACGUGACACUGGAAAAUGCCACCUCUCCUGUCAUUGAAUUUUGGGAGCGGAGAGUGUUAAACAUUUCUGAUGGCAUUGAACAUUUGGGCACAGUGCGUUGGGAAUUGUCGCUCUGUCUUCUUCUGGCCUGGAUCAUCUGUUAUUUCUGCAUUUGGAAAGGGGUUAAGUCUACAGGCAAGGUAGUAUACUUCACUGCCACCUUCCCAUACCUCAUGCUGAUUGUUCUGCUGAUCAGGGGAGUUUCCUUGCCUGGGGCAUCUAAAGGGAUCCUCUUCUACCUUUAUCCAGACCUCACUCGACUCAGUGAUCCUCAGGUAUGGAUGGAUGCAGGCACUCAGAUCUUCUUCUCAUAUGCCAUUUGCCUGGGGUGCCUAACAGCUUUGGGCAGCUACAAUAAGUAUCAUAACAACUGUUACAGGGAUUGUAUCGCUCUGUGUUUUUUGAACAGUGGCACAAGUUUUGUGGCUGGCUUUGCCAUUUUUUCCAUUCUGGGUUUCAUGGCAGAAGAACAAGGAGUGCUUAUUUCAGAGGUAGCUGAGUCGGGACCUGGUCUGGCUUUCAUUGCCUAUCCACGAGCUGUUGUCAUGCUGCCUUUCUCCCCAUUAUGGGCUUGCUUCUUCUUUGUUAUGGUGGUUCUCCUGGGACUGGACAGUCAGUUUGUCUGUAUGGAAAGCCUGGUCACCGCUGUAGUUGACAUGUAUCCUGAAAUCUUCCGGAAAAAGAACCGCAGAGAAACUUUAAUUCUUCUUGUCUCCAUCCUCUCAUACUUUGUGGGUCUCGUCAUGAUCACAGAGGGUGGGAUGUAUGUCUUCCAGCUCUUUGACUACUAUGCUGCCAGUGGGAUGUGCCUACUCUUCGUUGCCAUUUUUGAGACUCUGUGCAUUGGCUGGGUAUAUGGUGCUGACCGUUUCUACAAUAACAUCGAAGACAUGAUUGGCUACCGACCAUGGUCUGUUAUUAAGUACUGUUGGUUAUUCAUAACACCAGCUGUCUGUCUGGCAACCUUUUUCUUUUCUUUGAUUAAAUAUACCCCACUGACAUACAACAAGAAAUAUGUGUACCCGUGGUGGGGAGACACUGUCGGCUGGCUGCUUGCACUCUCUUCAAUGAUCUGCAUCCCUCUCUGGAUUGUCUACAAACUUUCCACCAUUAAAGGAUCCCUGAGAGAGAGGUUCCAUCAGCUUGCCUGUCCAGAUGAAGACUUGCCUCAAAGAAAGUGUCCAGGCCAUCAUCUCUUCCCCAUGACAGAAUUAGAUUCUCACUGUUAGGAGUGGAACCCUCAAUCUCUAUUGGACAAUCUUGGCCCAUGACCAAGAAGAGAGGAAUCCGCCACCUCGUUUCCCUUUCUUUGAAAAAACCUGGGAAGGCUGCUAGAGAAAGAGGGUUCGCCCUAGAACUCGGGGUGCAAAGCAAUGCUGCUUCUUCGGUUUAGCAGCAUAUUUAGAAGAGGCAAUUUAAACCGCAAUGUUCUCCUGUGGGUUCAUCUAGGAGUGGAACAGGAAGGACAGAAUACUGUGAUGGAAACCUUUUAAUAGGAGCGUAGAAUUCCUCUUGCAAAAGGUUUAGGGAGUAUUCCAGCCCAUUUAUAAAAUCCACAUUUCUUCCAAUGAUUUAUUGCUUAGAUGUGUGUGUUUUUAAAAAGAGAAUGAGUCCUUGCUUCAACUCCAGACUUAGUUAUUUUUCUAUUGCUUUCAUUUGUUCUUGAACUUGGUAUAGCAUUAUUCAUAAUAUUCUUUCUCUUUAAGGGCCACAUGAUAGAUGAGGUUGAUGAAAAUUUCCCUUGUCGCUGGCCACUUCUGAUGGAUUUUCACUGGCUCAAUGGUGGAGUAGGAGAACUUUUUAAAAAUAUAUCUGUUACCAUAUACAGCACAAUCCUGCUUACCCACCUUGGACACUAUUUCGUUGUUUUUUAAAUGGGGCUAAAGCCACUAAGGAAAGGAUGAGAAAAAUGCUCACAUUUUCACAACUAUAGCAGAAUAACAAAGUUGGGAGGGACCUUGGAGGUCUUCUAGUCCAACCCCUUGCUCAUAUAUCAUUUUAGAUACAUGGUUCUCCAAUCUCUUCUUAAAAACCUCCGGUGUUGGAGCACCCAUAACUUCUGGACUCAAGUUGUUCCACUGAUUAAGUGGAAAUUAUUUUCACUUUUAGAAUAUCAAUGAAUUUUGGAAGAAUACAUUAAUGAAAUCAGUGCAAAACACAUAUGAAAUCAAUGCAAAACACAGUGAUGGUGCUCCAUCACUGGAGAUUUUUAGAAAAGAUUGGACAGUCAUUUGUCCAGAAUGAUAUAGUGUCUCCUGCUUGAGCAGGGGGUUAAAUUAGGUCCAAGAUCCUUCCAACUCUGUUAUUCCAUACUCUGUAAACAUGCUUCUUUGUUAAUCUAUCUGAUGAGUGCAUUUGCAGUAUUGAAAUGUAUCUGAGCUGCAUAUUUAGCUAGCAGGGUUCCUGAAUCCAUGCUAUGUCUAGUGCAGCAUCUCAUUAUCCACUAGUUGGUGUAUGGUGCUCUCUUCCAUAGAUCAUAGCUGCUGUAGUAUCAGCACAUAUGCUGUAAUAUUUCAUGAGCUGCAGUUACCUGCUAUUCCACAGAAUGGAAGAAAUAAAAGGUAACCCUGCUCAGAUAUUCCAAGCCAAUCUGGUGUUGCUGAAAAUCACCACAGUUCUUAAAAAAAAAACACCAAUUUUUUGUUGCAUUUUUUUAAAAAAAAAACACAUUAUUGUCACAGUCCUAGCAUGUGUACCUUUGCUAUUUAGAACUUCCUUGUUCAUUGACUUCAUUAUUUGGCCAUUUUGCAGCAAUCUCUUUUGAGAGUUGAUGAAGAUGAAACCAGUCGUAUGAUCAAGCAGGAGGCAUUGAGGAAUAGCAGGACAGAAUACUAAUAGCAAUUGAGUAACAUUUCCAUAUUAAUAGAACUUUAGAAAUGACCAGGUGAAACGUUUAUGCAGCUUUGCAGAUCUGAACUGAUCACCUCUUUUCAACAGUAGGAAAUAGAUCUUUAUUUUUAAAUCACAGUCCCAUCUAUUAUUAUGGGCACAACUGCAGCAUGAAUAUUUGUGCAACUAAUUCAUAAAUCUUCUGGAAAUCCACUGCUAAGACCUGGGGAGAAAUGUCAUGGUAAUCUCCCCACUUCCCAAACUCUCCAAAUAAGGGCAACUUUCAUGUGCCAAUCCCAAUGAAUUCCUCAUAUGUAAUUCCUAGUUAAAAGAAUAAACAAUUUCAUAGCAGCACGAAUUAGAUUUGCUUUAACAUAUGAUUAAUGUAUUUAAUGUAUUGGUUGACCUUGGCUGAGCUCAGAAAGCUAAGCAAGGUUCAGCCUUGUUAGGAUUGAGAUGAAAGUCCACCAGAAGUUACCAGAACUGCAGUAGAGACUAGAACAUCAAAAAAGCAUCCUAGAAGAAGAAAAAUCAAACCACUUCCAAACUAUGGUCCAGAAAACCAAAUGGGUGUCUUCAUGAAAUCAAGAGGAUACCAAUACAGAUCAAAGGAGAACUAGGCUUUUUUUAAGCUGUUAAAAUGGCUCCUUUAAAGACUCCUACAUGCAGUAAUCAGGACAGUAUGUCUUUUCACUUGCACAUAAUGACCUUGAAAACAGCCUUUGUGGUUCUGUCCCCAACAAGCAAAAUAUCUUGCAGUGACCAUUUUCCAUGUUCCACCUAUCACAACCAUAGAUUGGUAAUCAGAGCAGAUCCCUUAGUGCAAGGGUCUUCAAACUUGGCCCUUUUAUGACUUAUGGAUUUCAACUCCCAAAAUUCCUCAGCCAGCGUGCACACUGGCUGAGGAAUUCUGGGAGUUGAAGUCCACAAGUCCAAAAGGGCCAAGUUUGAAGACCCCUGUCUUAGUGCCUUCAGUGAUCCUGGGCUAAAUAAUUGCCAUAAUCUCUUGCUGCUAUUUAUACUGGCUGAGGCUGAUAGGAGUUGAAAUCCAAAACAGCUGGUAUGCACUAAGUUAUCUAUUCCUAAUCUAAAUAUUCUAUCCUAUAUGGUUUUUUUCCUUUUAAGAGAGUGGGGGCUAAUCCAUUCCUAUUCUUGGUUUCCUCCUAUAACAGCCACAUUCAUCUUCACCAAAUGCAGCACACAGUGGGAUUAGAAUGGGCGCUGAGCCUCACAGUUUGCAGAGCAUGCCUUGAAACUGAGUCUCCCAUUGGUUUGCUUUUUUCCCUUGUACAAUUAGCUGAAUUGAAAUGAAGGAAUUUGCAGUCUCAGCUUACUCACGGUUUCAUCCCUUUGAAUGAGCAACCUGAGACACCUUAAAAGAUUACUAAAUUCAUUACGAAUGGCAGAGCCAACACCAUUAUUAGACAGAGGGAAGCAACCCCCUAAAGUAGCAAAGGAAAGGAGAUAAGAGGCAGAUACUUAGUCAUUCUGAAUUGUUUGGCCAUUUUGAAGCGAGCUGUUCUCUUGGAAUACAGUUGUGUCCUUUAAUACAUGCCUCCCCACUUCCCAAAAGAACAGUGGAGAAGCAUAUAUUUUUUGAGAUUCAGCCCAGAAGUUGAUUAUCAGACAGAAUAAGAAUGGAGCAUUUGUGCUGCCAGAGUCCAAUGUAGUUGGGUGAGUACUGUAUAAUAAAUUUGAAUAAAUAAUAAUACCAAAGCUGAAAGAAAAAUCUUCAUCAUGGUCCAGUCCAAGAUGGGAAUAAACCUAAAACAGAGGCUGUUUGGAAAGAAAGUUCUUUAUUGAGUUGCAGAACUAGACAGAAAUGUGGCUCUGGGGCAGCUGACCACAUAGAGCUGGGAGUAGUGGGUUUUUAUACCUUCUUGGGCUUUUGUGUUUGGAGUUGUUUCUGUUCCUGUGACAUGAAUUUUGACCUGAACUUUUGAGUGUGUCCUUUUGGUAUU